AUGGAUGCGAAUACGGAGGUUACUGAUGCUAUUGGUGCAGUGGUCAUUGACAAUGGGGCCAAGGGGAAGUUGACGCCCAGUGAUAGUGUAGAGGGCCACUCAGAAGAACACGACGUACUGGCUGAUGGAGUGCAUUCGGGCAAGAGCGAGGUGAUCAACCCAUCUGAAGAAGUGGAAAUGGAAGCCACCUCGCAAUCCCAGGACAUAAAGCCCCGAGUUCCUGAGGUAAGGUUUUCACGUUUACACAUUGCCAGUUCUGGUGACUUCAAUCAGUGGUUGUUACUAAAUCUCAGCGACAGAGCCCUCGAGGCGGGGAUAAGAGUCAAGCUAGGAAAAGCUCUCCCAGUCCUUAUCCUAAGGCUUGCACGGGUUUCUGAUCCAGAUCUAGUUGAUAGCUCUUCAAGCAAUGGUGAUGCUGGUGCCAGUAAGAAAAAGGCCGAAAAGAGCAGUUUCUGUCCAGUUGCCAAGGAGAGCCCAUCACUUGAGGACUCAAAGAAAAGGAACUUGCAGGCAAAAUCAAAGGAAACUGAAGAAGCUGAACUCAAAAUGCUGAGAAAGAGUUUAAAUUUCAAGGCAACACCAAUGCCCAGCUUUUAUAAGGAACCACCUCCCCCCAAGGUUGAGUUGAAGAAGGGCCAGCAAGAAGCUACUGCCAGAUCAAGAGCAAGCCAUACCCAAAGUCCAGGUACUGCCGUGGUGUCCCUGACCCCAAGAUCAGGAUCUAUGAUUGGGAUGAAGAAUCGAGUGGAUGAGUUCCCCUUCUGUGUCCACCUGGUGAGUUGGGAGGAGAAUGUUUCUAGUGAGACUCUUGAGGCUGCCCACAUUGCUUGCAACAAGUACAUGACCAAGAGUGCUGGAAAGGAUGCCUUCCUCCUGAUGGUCAGGGUCCAUCGGUUCCAUGCCCUUCGUAUCAACAAGAUGCUUUCAUGUGCCAGAGCUGAUCGGCUCCAGACUGGAAUGAGGGGUGCUCUUGGCAAGCCCCAGGGUACCUGUGCUCGUGUGGACAUUGGUCAGGUCCUACUUUCUGUGCGCUGCAAGGAAAGCAAUGCUAAUAACGCUGAAGAAGCCCUUCGCCGUGCCAAGUUCAAGUUCCCUGGCUGCCAAAAGAUCAUUCAGAGCAGAAAGUGUGGCUUCACCAAGUUCACCCGCGCUGAGCAUCUCAAGUACAAGAGCGAGGGUAGAAUCGCACUCACACCUGAUGGUGAAAAGCUGCUUGGGGGUUCUUCUUUUGGCCUUUGUGCAGCUGCGUAG